UCUCUCUAACUAACUCUCUCUCUCUCUCUCUCUCUCUCUCUCUCACUGCAAUAAUUCUGCAGCUCCAGCCACCGCAGCCACCGCCUUCCCAACCCGAAUUUCAGAAAAUCGGAUUUCGCAACCCGAAUCACAAUCCGAGUUCAUACUAUUUUUGAUGCAGUGAGAAGAAUAUUGUAGUGAUGGGGACCGAAAAUGGAGCAAAUUACACGUAUAUGGGUAGGAGCUUCGGUAAUAGCAGUGUUAACGAUGAUUCCUCUGCUUUCAGCGACUGUAACAGCGACAGAUCCGGGGAGUUCCCCUCAGCGUCAUCUGAGAGCCGGCGAUUAUUGUUAGCUUGCGCAUCGGAGAAUUCCGAUGACCUGAUUCGCCAGCUCGUAUUGGAUCUUGAGUCCUGUUCGAUUGACGAGCAAAAGCAAGCGGCUAUGGAGAUUAGGCUGCUUGCCAAGAACAGGCCAGAGAACCGUCUCAAAAUCGCUAAAGCGGGAGCAAUUAAGCCUCUGAUUACGUUGAUAUCAUCAUCAGACUAUCAGCUUCAGGAGUACGGUGUUACAGCUAUUCUGAACCUAUCUCUAUGUGAUGAGAACAAGGAAGCGAUUGCUUCAUCGGGAGCGAUUAAGCCGCUUGUAAGAGCUUUGAGAACAGGGACAUCAACUGCGAAAGAGAACGCGGCCUGUGCUUUGCUUCGCCUCUCGCAAGUAGAAAAAAACAAGGUUGCAAUUGGACGGUCAGGAGCCAUUCCACUUCUGGUGAACUUACUCGAAAGUGGAGGAAUUCGCGGGAAAAAGGACGCAGCAACAGCUCUGUAUUCGCUAUGUUCAGUAAAGGAAAAUAAGUCCAGGGCUGUGCAAGCUGGAAUCAUGAAGCCACUGGUGGAAUUAAUGGCUGAUUUCGGGUCAAGCAUGGUGGACAAAUCAGCGUUUGUAUUGAGCUUGUUGAUUACUAUUCAGGAGGCCAGAAUAGCUUUGGUUGAAGAAGGUGGGAUUCCGGUACUGGUGGAGAUCAUCGAGGUAGGGUCGCAGAGGCAGAAGGAGAUUGCGGUUGCGAUAUUGUUGCAGAUUUGCGAAGAUAAUUUGAUGCAUCGUGCUAUGGUGGCUCGCGAAGGAGCAAUUCCUCCUUUGGUUGCUUUGUCACAGUCCGGCACCAAUCGCGCUAAGCAAAAGGCGGAGACACUAAUAGAUCUUCUUCGGCAACCAAGAUCCGGUAACGCCGCUGCCAGAACAGCAGACGUGUCUGUAUAAAUGGUGUCCCUACCACAUGCCCAUGUGUAAGCACACCAAGUGUGGAUAACUUUUUUAUUAUUUUUUUCCCCUUCUCCGGCCCCUCACAAAAAUUAAAAGAAAAAACAAAUAUAUGUAGAUAUUUUCUGUACUACGAUGCUUGUAAAAUUCAGUGGUUUGAGUUUGGUGUUGGCCUUUGGUUCC